UCUUGUAUUUGCGGUGGCUUCAUCCAUCCCCUGUAACAAUCUUCAACUGCACCUUGACCCACUUCAUCCAAUUUUCAUUAGAAUGAUUGAUUGUAUUUGUAAGUAAGCCAAGUUGCCAUAGACUCACCAAAAGCAGAAAAAUCCAUUGAAUGUUACCCUUUUGGUCACACAUAUCUUACCUCAGAAUCAAACCAGACAAAGGAAAAAGCAAAUUCUCAAAGUAAGCCCCAGCAACUCCUCAGAGGAUUGGCAAGCAAGGGGAGUUUAUGAAGAUUUAGUGUGGAUAAGAUGCUUUGGCAUUACAAAAUUUUGCAAUGUUGCUGUGAAUAGUUAUGUAUGCUGUACCCAGUGAGCUUUACAUUGACCAGAUGGGUUAUUCUAUGAGUAGACUAGAUGUAGAAUCCAGUGGCUGUGAAGAUGGAAAUGCCAUCCAUGAAGUUUCUAGUAGUUGCCAAGCUACAAAGCCACUUAGAAAUUUAGACAAUGAAAUUGCUCAGAUAACAAAGUUGAAAUCAACACCCCAUCAAUUACUAAUCAAUGUUGGACCUGGAAGAGCAGAGUUGCCUGUUUCCCCUGUGAAGAUGUUGGCAGGUCGGGAAUCUAAUUAUUCGGGACGGGGAAGGUUUUCUUCUGCCGACCGCUGUCAUCUUUUGAGCAGAUAUUUGCCUGUAAAUGGUCCUUGGCUAAUUGAUCAAAUGGCUAGUCGAGCAUAUGUGUCUCAGUUUUCAGCUGAUGGUUCUCUAUUUGUUGCUGGGUUCCAGGGAAGCCACAUAAAAAUUUACAAUGUGGACAAAGGUUGGAAAGUUCAGAAGAACAUUCUAACCAAAAGUUUAAGAUGGACAAUCACUGAUACAUCUCUUUCCCCUGAUCAACGCUAUCUUGUUUAUGCCAGCAUGUCACCCAUUGUGCACAUUGUAAAUGUUGGAUCUUCUGAAACGGAGUCUGUAGCAAAUGUUACGGAGAUCCAUGAUGGCUUGGAUUUUUCGUCAAAUGAUGAUAGAGGAUACUCUUUUGGGAUUUUCUCUGUGAAAUUCUCAACAGAUGGGAGAGAAUUAGUUGCAGGAAGUAGUGGUGAUUCUAUCUAUGUAUAUGAUCUUGAAGCAAAUAAGCUUUCACUUCGAAUUUUAGCACACAUGUCUGAUGUGAAUACUGUAUGUUUUGCCGAUGAAACUAGCCAUCUUAUUUACUCUGGAAGUGAUGAUAGCUCCUGCAAGGUUUGGGAUCGGCGCUGCUUAGUUUCUAAAGGCAAGCCAGCAGGGGUUUUGAUGGGACACCUUGAGGGCAUUACAUUUAUUGAUAGCCGUGGAGAUGGACGUUAUUUCAUUUCAAAUGGUAAAGAUCAAACUAUCAAACUCUGGGACAUACGCAAAAUGUCAUCCAAUGCUACUUGCAACCCUGCACAUAGAAGUCAUGAAUGGGACUACAGGUGGAUGGAUUAUCCAACACAAGCAAAAGAAUUGAAUCACCCUUGCGAUCAGUCAGUGGCUACAUAUAGAGGCCAUUCAGUCUUACGCACUCUUGUCCGCUGCUUUUUCUCUCCAGCUUUUAGCACUGGCCAGAAGUACAUCUAUACUGGAUCACACAAUGCAUGUGUUUACAUAUAUGAUUUGGUGACUGGAGCUCAAGUUGCAACACUCAAGCACCACAAAUCACCUGUAAGAGAUUGCAGUUGGCACCCCUUCCAAACUAUGCUUGUUAGCUCUUCUUGGGACGGAGAUAUCGUAAAAUGGGAAUUUGCUGGCAGUAGUGAUAGAGCAGCCUCAACUAAGAAGAGGGCAUGGAACAGGCAUUUUUAUGAAGGUUACAUAUGAUGUCAGUCAAAUCCGUUGUGAAAUGAUGUGGAAGAUUCAUAUCAUUUUGUUAAUGAAGCUGUACAUAGUGUUUGAGAUAAUAAGGUAUAAUGUGAACUACCACAAAAUCUUGUACAUAAAUAACCAUGUAAAUUGAGUAUCGGAUUGAUUCCUUGUAGGCUGUAUCUGUAAUAAAUUAGUAUGUUAUGUUGUACCAAUGCAUCAAUGAUUUGUGCUGUUUCCUUGUGGUGAAUCUUGACUUAUGGCUAGUGCUUUUGCUGAAGCAUUAGCAUGUAAAGGGUAUCCCUGAUUAUAGUGCAGCACAUUUUACAAAGAUGAGGAUUAAGGAAUAAAGUUAAUAAGGUUUUUUAA